AUGAAGAAUUCUGUUCCCAUCCCGUCAGAUGUGUGGGAGGAGAAAAAGGCCCUGAUUUCUACUCUAUAUAAAGACGAAGAAUGGCCAUUGAAACAAGUCAUCAAAAAGAUACGCUCGGAUAAUUUCAAUCCAAGUGAGACUCAGCUACGAAGUAGACUUAAGAAAUGGCGUGUCACCAAGCCCUCCCGUCAGACAAAAAAGAAGUCAGAAGAGACAACGAAAUGUCUAUCUCAUGAGACGAACAUUCACAAGCGCCAUUCCAAUAACAGCUCCCGCGAAACCCAACCUCGUUCCCUGCCACUGCCACUGCCAUCGGCAACAGAAGCGGUCGUCACCGAGCAAGAGUGGUGUAUAGCCAACAACGUAUACGAAGCACCCGGUUCCGCGGUACCCAGUGGUGGCGAACGAGACAUUCCCGCUGCCUGGGAUCCCAAUCCGAGUUAUUCUUCACCCCAAAUCUCGCCAGACAAGUCUCGCGUCGGCUCACAUACUUCUCUGGCCAUUACCACUCCCCCCUCAUAUGACCCGCCUCAACCAUCACCCUUGAUGGAUGGUACCUUGCUCAAUUCAACCCCUACAAUGACACCUACAUUUACAAAUUCGCCUUAUGCCUUGGGCGCUGACCACUCCGUGCCAACUCCUGUGUCAACAACUGCAGUUCCGGAAACCCAAUGGGCGAUACCGCAAUGGUAUUCAAUGCCUAUAGAGACGACCACAGAGGCCUCAUCCAUGCUUUUCUAUACUUCAGGUCCUCUGACCCCACCAAUCGACUCUAUGGUGAACACAGUAUCUCAGCAACCCGUAUUGCAGAUAUCUGAGUCUCAAGGUGGACUGAAAUUAUGGAAGCCCACCGUUUCUGGUUCUUAUAGCCCAGAUUUGGUCGCCCAAAUGAGCCAAAAUGCACGACAGCUACCAAAAUCACUGGAACAGGAGGUACAACACCCGCCAAAGAUAAGCACCGGCCAACACCUAGGCGUAGUGGCCACGCCGACGUCUCCUUUCUUCCCUCAUGGGUCAUAUUCUUCUUCCCUGUGCUCACCGGGCUAUGCUUAUCCUGGUCCUGAGCCUCUUAUCCAUCGGUCGAGCAUUGAAUUUUAG